CGCCUGUGGGAUUAGAUCAAGGCGAGCGCCGAGCCUUCAUAUCAAGGGAGCAAAACGAGCCGUUUAAUUAUCGGCCGCCAGCGAAUACGGAAACGGACAUCCGCGGGCAAUGAACGCCGCGGCCGCUGCGACCUGCCUGCUCGCGGCCGGCCUCGGUUGCUUCCUGUACGGCCGCGAUGUCUUACUGCGGCCGCUCCGUAUCUUUCUGGCAGACCCAUCCUCCAUGCCCGAGCCGGGGGCUGCUCCCAGACGGAGUCCGCAGGGAGUUCCGUACACCGACCUGGACCACAUCGUCAACGCCGAUGGAUUGCACCUGUUCUGCCGCUACUGGGAGCCGGUCGCUCCGCCAAGGGCACUGGUGUUCAUCGCCCAUGGGGCUGGAGAGCAUUGUGGACCAUACGAUGAGAUUGCACAGAGACUGAAGGAGCUGUCCAUGCUGGUCUUUGCGCACGACCACGUUGGCCAUGGUCAGAGUGAAGGAGACCGAAUGAACAUCAAGGACUUUCAGAUCUACAUCCGAGACUCGCUGCAGCACAUCGACCUGAUGAAGUCUCGCCACCCGGGCCUACCUGUCUUCAUCGUGGGCCAUUCAAUGGGCGGUGCAAUAUCCAUCCUCACAGCCUGCGAGAGGCCUACCGAUUUUACCGGAGUGGUUCUGAUUGGUCCCAUGGUCCAGAUGAACCCAGAUUCAGCUACACCGUUCAAGGUUUUCCUGGCCAAGGUUUUGAAUCACAUGCUGCCAAACUUAUCUCUGGGCUCCAUUGAGUCUAAAUGGAUCUCACGGGACAAGAAGCAGGUGGAAGCUUACGAUGCUGACGAGCUGAACUUCCACGGAGGGAUGCGAGUGUCAUUCGCCAUGCAGCUAAUGGGGGCGGCAGCUCGCAUCGAGAGAGAGAUCGCGUCCAUCAGCUGGCCCUUCUUGCUCCUGCACGGUGACGCUGACAAGCUCUGCGACAUUCAAGGCUCCAAAAUGAUGUUUGACAAGGCUCCCAGCUCAGACAAGAAACUCAAGGUUUACGAGGGCGGCUACCACGCCCUUCACCACGACCUGCCAGAAGUGUCAGAGUCCGUGCUGAAGGAGGUGACCGGCUGGAUCACAGAGCGCCUUCCCAACACCGCAUUGCAGUCACCACAAGGCCCGUAGACUUCCGGAACAUGUCGAGAGGCCAGUCGAAGCUCCAAGGAAACCAUGUUCUUGAAAAUAUACUGUACAGCGCACAGCUCUAUGGUUCAACUAGCAAUCAGCUCAAACCAUACUGGGAAAAUGCAUGUACAAGUUCAAGUUGCAGUAUGCUCAGGUUUGUAGCGCAAUAAUGACCGUUCUGUGUGCGCAUCUAGUGCCACUUAUAUUCCUCAGCCUUCCUCAAAUGAAUGUUCGACAAAUGACACAUUAUCCUAUAUCAAUGUUGCAAAUCCUCUCCAUUUCCAAGUCCUAAUUAGUUUUAAGCAAAUAUGACUAAAAGCGAGUUACACAAGUUCGUUGCUUCGGGUAUAGGCCAAGGAUUCCGUUUUUUUCUUUUUCAAUAACUAGGCAGGGAAUUAUUACCGCUUUUCUUAAUUUCUCAGUGGUUUGGGCAUUAAUGGUAAUGGUAUAAUUCAGGCAAUUUGCUAGUCUGUCCAAAUUAAGUCUUAAUUGAAGUGUCCGCCCGAGUAAUUGUUGCUUGUCAUCCUCAAGCAGGCCACUUUGCCCCCGUUACUAUGGACUAACUAUGGAGUUACAGUAGUUGGUUCACAUGCCAUUAUAGUUUGCCUGAAUAAAUAUAGGAUCUAACAUUGAGGACAGACUCAACUCCACAAUAGGAUAACAAUGUCCAUUAGUUUGAUGGUUGAGUUUUUUUUUUUUUUUUAAUCCUGAGAAUCCACAUCAAGAGAAAGACAACCCCCAAAUUUUCUUGACAAAAAUAUGUUCCAUUGGCCUCCACGCAGUCUGAUUAAUAAUGCGUUUUUGUCUAUCUCAGGGGCGGCCAUUUUACCACUUGAUGUCGACAGAGUUGCUCAGUGCUCCGGUAACAAUCAAUCACGGCACAGCUUCAGAAAAGAGAUGAGCCGCCAUUGUUGGUUAUCUAAGCAUUGAGCACCUGUGACAUCAGAGUUGCAUACAAAACACAUAACAUCAAUACAAACUACAAAAAAAACCCCAAAAGGAAGGAAAAAUAAAUACAUAAUUAAACAAACUAAAUAUUAGUUCAGACAAAUAAUAAAAAUAAAAUGAAGCCGAAAAUAAUCACAAUAAAACAACGGUGGAUCGGGUUACAAAUGUGUUUAAUUAUGUGCACACCUUUGGGUAAAUCAGGCUGCUCCUGUUUAGCUGGUUCUGCAGCACAUCCACGACUGCAUUUAGAGCACAUACAUGCAUUAUGCAGUUCUGCAUUUGCUCAGAACAAGAGACUAAGACAUGAAGGUUUUUGCAUUGAUAACUUAUCAAGAAACGCUGCCGGUCUGAUGACAUGAGUGCAUGUUACUGUGCAACAUUAGCAUAUCAUCAGCGCUGGGGCUGAGGAGGUUGGGGGGGGGGGGUGAUUGAGUAGAAGAGGAGAGAGAACGAUGUGCUGGUCGUAACCAUGGCAGCACCUUUGUGUGUGUGUGUGUUUCUUUUUAAUAACAUCCUGUUAAUUGCUUGUCAUGUGAGACAGAGGAUGCUGUGCUUUCAGGGCCUGCUUUGUCCAACUAUGCUCAGAAGAGUUUCUUUUGUGUGAGCUUUGACAGACAAGAGAGGAUAGUUACAGUAGCAUAAUUGCUACACAGCGUGUAUGAGAGCAGCUUUGACUCCAUAUCAGACUUUUUCUGCUCAAAAUCGACAUAUUUUUCCAGAUUAAACAUGUGGAGAUAAUGUACUGUACAUUUCCUCCAAAAUAUGUGAAGCUUGAGCCACAGUACUGGACUUGUUGUGAGACAACAUUAGCUAGCAAGCCCAUCAACGUAGAAACAGAUUUUUAUUGGCUGUCAAUACAAGGCAGAAUUUGUGGGGCACACUUUGGUUAGAAAUAUAGAAAAUUCCUAUUGGUCAUAUGUUUGCGAGUAAGUAUUUGUGGGGCGCAGUUAGCUAACGCUCAUGCGUGCUCAGAUUGUAUUUUUUAUGCGAUGUCACACAGUUGUAUUGGUCGCGUGAUGCAAAGCCGAGUUGUGAGGCAAUAUUAUCUAGCAGGACAGCAACAUAAACCCAACUCAGCCAUGUUACACAUGUUUCUCGGCAGAAUUCACGGGGCGUACACAAUUAGCUCAACCAAAUGUCAAAAGUCACCUCACACAUUAUUGUGGUUAUUUGUCGCACGGCAGAAUAGCCCUAAAUGCCUAUCCCGGAGGCACAGCAACGCAGGGUUAUCUUUUUUGGUCGCACUUUCGAGCUGUCACCUGUUGCUAGGCAGAAUGUGCAGGGCACAAGCAUUUACACCCCCUACAUGUCAAGGUCAGUAUAAAAAAAUGGAAUCAUUCAGUCACAUUCCAAUGCUGUUUCCUUGGCAAAUUGAAGUAGAGGGUGCAGCUGUCCCAGCAGGACGACAGACACCUGCCAUGGAAACUACCCCUAGAAUACUUUAAAGAUCUAUGAGACGUGUUUAUGUACAGUAUACACAUAUAUUUUGCAAUUACAUCACCAUUCUUUUAUCGGAAAGAAUAUAUCAAGCCAUCUUCGAGCACAGUACCAUCUGCUGGCUCAGUUACAGAUCAUAAGAUGGUGAACCUAUUUGAACUUGUUAACCAUCACUGUCAUGCACUGUAUACUUUAGCAAACAUGAUCUCUUUUUUUUUGCAGCUUUGUCAUGUUUAGAAAUUAGUCUUGCAUAAUUACUGUGUUGCAUUAUGCAGUACACUGUAUAAAGAUUGUAUGUAGACAGAGCACCCAUUUAUAUAUAAGAACCAACAUGACUGUUAGUGUCUUUAUUUAGUCUCCUAUAUGAAGUAAGAAAAAUAAUUUUAUGUAGGUGGGGACUUGCCGAAUGGUUUGCAGCAGUCGGUCAUUGCCAGUUUGUUUUCUAAACCUUGACUUUAUGACUGUUUCUUUUUUUAUUAAAAAAUGAUGGACCUUUAUGUGUGUGGUUCCAAAAUAGUGUAAAAUAUACCUUGAUCUGAGCAGGAAAAUGUAACACUAUCUGUUUUUCUGUUCUAUUUCUGAAAACCUAAAUUAUAAUAAGAUAAUUUACCAGUGGGGCAUUUUGGACCAUGUGUUGUUGUCUUGAUAUUUUUAAACAGGAUGAUUUAAUUUUAGCAGGUGAUUCUGUAAACGAAUAAAACAUUGUACAAAAGCAGCGCUAACUCAAUAUUGGGGUUUUGUUGGUUGGUUGCUAUUACAAAUAUUUACAGGCUAAUGUGCACUGAUCAAAUAAUCAGGACAAUGCACUUUUUUAUACCUUGUAUCACAAAGUGUAAUUUGUAACUUUUUAACGUGGGAAGUAGUUGAAAGUUCUAUGCCGUCCCACAAAUGUAUGACCAUUGGACUGCAUAUUGAGUUUUUUAAUGUGUUAAAAUCUACCUUGCAUUUUGCAGAUUGCGAUUCUAAAAAAAAAAAAUAUUGAAUGUUGGAAGUUUCUCUUCAUGGCAUGUUUUGCUUUAUUCCAGAGCAUGCAUCUUGGAUAAUUCUUUCUCCUGUAUUAACAAAUGUAAAAAUCAGGAAUGGAACUUUAUCGCAUGCAUGUGAUGAUGAAAAGGACACGUGAGACACUGAUUGAGCCAAAAAUAAAUGUGAAGUUCAAAAUAGAUCACAACUUUAUGUUCCAGAAAGAAAUAUGGACAAUUCCAUAGUAGGACCUUGUAUUGCAUUAUUUUAUGGUAUGGUGUUGUGUGCCUUAUCCAUGACCAAGUGUGAGUAUGUUAGUGCAAUCAAGUCUGACUCCACCAGGGUUUUUUAGAUAAAGAGCUAUGUAGUGUUACAACAUGUUGGUUUGUUGAUCUUUUUGUCUGUGUGUCUUUCACAACGUCAUUGUAUAUUUCUAAAGACAUGUACUGGUAUUUGUCUGGGAUAAUCUUUUUGUGUGUACUAAAAAUAAAUAAACCGCACUUUUACUGAAAA